CUUGAAGCUACCAACCAGAUCAAGACCAAAGACACACAGACUGAUAGCAGAGAUCAUGGCUGACGUGGCGGCGAUCAUCAACCUCGUGAACAAGUUCGCGCUCUCGUACUCGCUGGAGGAGGGCGACAAGUCGGUCAAGACGCUGCUGGCGCUCUUCACGGAGGACGCGACCUUCUUCGAGGAGCUCGUGGGCGGCAACUGCACGGGCACGAGCGAGAUCGAGGCGGCGCUGCAGGAGCUCGUGAGCCUCAAGUUCCUGGCCGACACGCGCCACCUGCCCAGCGGCCACGUGGUCGAGCUCUCGGACGCCGAGCACGCCACGGUCACGUCGCACACGACCGUCUUCUGGAAGUGCACGCCCGUCAUGGUCGUCACGUGGUCGGACGUCGUGGUCAAGCAGGGCGGCGCCUGGAAGUUCCAGAAGCGGGCAGCCGACGCCGUGCAGAAGAACCUCGAGAUGAUUGGCGAGAUGCAGCUGCGCGGCAAGAAGCAGUACUCCCACAAGGACGAGGCCUAAGCUUAACGCUGGGCUGGCACUUGGUCUGUGGACCUGAUUUCCCCCCCCCCCCCAACUCGAACUCGACUCGGCAAGCUCCAGAAGAGCGACACGUGGCACAAGAGUGGAGCUGCGUUUGUGUUGCUCGUAUGGGAGCAUUGAUUGCCUUGCUGCACGACUCAAAAAGCAUAGAAAAAG